UCGAAAGAACAAGAUUCGAGGGAUAAGAAAUCAAUUGGUUUAUACAAUAUCGUGAAAUAGAUACUGGAUAUUGAAUAGUUGGCGCUGAGUCUUAUUGUUGCGUUGCAAUAUAUGGUUGGGCGGUACUAUUUUGUUAUUUGUGGGCCUCAUGAUGAGGCAUUGUUUGAUUUAGACUAUAAUUCGCCGAGCAAAACAUCAGGAAGCAAGGCAGAUGAAUGUCUCCACUUAAACCAAUUUGUAGCACAUGCUGCAUUAGAUAUGGUCGACGAUCACCUAUGGACUAAAGCUGACACGUACCUUAAGGUCAUAGACAAAUUUAACGAGUGGUUGGUUUCAGCUUUCGUGACCCCAGGAAGACUUCGGUUCAUUUUACUUCAUGAAGAAUCAAAUGAAAAUCGUAUAAAGUACUUUUUUCAAGAUACUUAUGAAGCCUAUAUCAAGUUGGCACUUAAUCCUUUCUUUGAACGUGAAAAACGAAUAACAUCUUUCAGCUUCUCGAAACGGGUCCAAAGGAUUGCUAACAAACAUUUUGGCUAAUAUUGAUGAAUUUCCAGUAAUUUCUCAGCUAACUGUAUAUUAUUUACUAUAUUUUAGUUUCCUUUUUUUACAAUGUAACUAAUACACUAAUAAUAAUAAUUUAAGUCGAUUUGAUUUUUGGUAAACG